CAAAAGUUACCAUUCUUCGUAAACAUACCUAGUGUAAGGGUAUCACGAUCUUUUACACGCUAAAAUUAAUUGGUUUUGGGCGCAGUAAUAUACAGACUCGCUGACCCGUACUCGGACGCGAGAAUUUACGGGCGUUCAGAAUGUUAUAUUUUUACUUUUGGCUUUUUAGUGCGUCACUUUUCGGCGCCUUGGCUAGUCCUGUCCCGGAGAGUGUGUCACCAACCAGUCUUAAGGAUUUUCUGAAGAUUCUGUCAAGUAAUACGUCCAGUCUCGAAAAUGCAACGAAUUCGCUGACGAAUGCUACACCAACUGCGUUCAUCCCAACCGCCUCGCCAAUUCUGUUCACAAGUGCACCUGCUAACAAAGCAGCAGAAUUGCGGAACGCGGAAUACGCAAAUGGCACCGUGGUAUUACGGUCCAACGAUUUCUUGCUGCCAAACACCAGCUACUAUUCCCCAUCGCGAACCUUUCGGCUGAUCCUGCAGCCUGAUCAGAAUUUGGUACUGUAUCGGGAAUGUGACGGCCGCCCGGUAUUCUCCACGGAAACCGCCGGAUCCCCACCGCUAAGAAUGUCGCUCGGUAACGAUGGACACCUUCUUGUCGGCAAGUGGGGCAAUGGCAGUGAUCCCGAUCGUCCCGAACUACUGUACUGGUCAACUGAAACCUGGGGGUAUGGAAACUCACGGUUGCUAAUAUCGGAUUUUGGUUACUUUUAUUUAUGUAAUGAUAACAAAUGCUAUUGGCGUUCUACGCGAAUUUCCGGUAACGGCCAAGGUUGCGGUACGCCAAUCGAUUUGGCCCCAGCCCAAUCCACUAACUACACAGUACUCAUGAAAACAGCGGAGAAAAUGAGGCUGGAUUGCACGUACUAUUCUCCCAACGGAGAGUUCACCUUUCAGUUAUCGCGUCUUAACAAGCAUUACCUGGUUGUGUGGCGCCAAAGGGACUAUCGGCAGACAUUUAAGGCUGCCGGACAGAAGGUCAUCGAUCGUAUAGCAAUGCAAAAGGAUGGAAACCUUGUGGUAUACAACGCACCUGGCAAUGCAGUGUGGUCUUCCUUAAGCUCCGCGUCAGGGCAUGUCAACCCCGAAUUGAGACUGUAUAAUGAUGGUUUUCUGUAUUUAUGCGAUGAUAACCACGGAUGCUAAUGGCAGUCUAGCGGGUUCCUUGAUACACCCGCGGAAUCUAUCAUGAGGGAUUAUUAAGCAUGCAGCUGUCAGUCGCAUCAUUUUGCUUUAUUUAUGAAAGGCAGCUGACGAUCUGCACAGUUAACUACCGAGUUUCAAGAUCGAACUGUUGACUACUCGAAACGAGAAUUUUUAAUUCUUUGCUUUUACUGGAAAUAAGAAUACAUGGUGACAAGUUUAUGAAAUUAAUUAUAUGCUUGGAGUGUUUUUAAUAAUAUCAGCGGGCAAUAAUCCGCGUACAGCACGUGAUCAUGCACCCUGAUACUUAAUACG